AUGGCCUCUACGCUCACAUUUUUUGCGCGACAUGCGCCGAAAAGGCUGUGUCUUUCCAGUUCGAUACCCAACAGAGCCGCCCGCCUCAGUAUACCUAGAUACCUUUCCAAUUCUACCGCCCGCAGACAAUAUGAGGAAUCGUCCUAUCAAGCCACCCGAUUAAUCCCAACCGGUCCCGAAUUUCAAACGACACCCCAAGGCUCGGUAGGCGAAUCUUCAGGCCUUGAGUCUGACGCUGGACACAACCGAAAGAUUCGCCAUUAUACAGUGAAUUUUGGCCCACAGCAUCCUGCUGCCCACGGAGUGCUACGCUUGAUUUUAGAACUCAAUGGCGAGGAGAUCGUGCGCGCUGAUCCACAUGUCGGACUUUUGCAUCGUGGCACAGAGAAAUUGAUCGAAUACAAGACAUAUAUCCAGGCACUUCCAUAUUUCGACCGUUUGGACUACGUUUCCAUGAUGACAAAUGAACAAUGCUAUUCGUUAGCGGUAGAAAAGUUGCUGAAUAUAGAAAUCCCGGAGAGAGCAAAAUGGAUUAGAACGUUGUUUGGUGAAAUCACCAGAAUUCUUAACCACCUAAUGUCUGUCUUGUCACACGCAAUGGACGUGGGUGCUUUGACUCCAUUUUUGUGGGGCUUUGAGGAGCGUGAAAAGCUGAUGGAAUUUUACGAACGGGUUUCAGGUGCUCGUCUGCACGCGGCUUAUGUUCGACCUGGAGGCGUUCAUCAAGAUAUUCCACUCGGCCUUCUUGACGAUAUUUACCAAUGGGCAACUCAAUUUGGCGAUCGUAUCGAUGAGACGGAAGAACUGCUCACAGACAACCGAAUCUGGAAAGCCAGAACACAAGGGAUUGGUGUUGUUUCUGCAGCUGAUGCCCUCAAUUUCGGGUUCACGGGUGUCAUGCUUCGAGGGUCUGGUGUUCCGUGGGAUAUUCGCAAGUCUCAACCAUAUGAUGCAUACGACCAGGUUGAGUUUGACGUUCCAGUUGGAGUAAAUGGCGACUGCUACGACCGUUAUUUGUGCCGAAUGGAAGAAUUCCGUCAAUCGCUUCGCAUUAUCCUCCAAUGUCUAAACAAAAUGCCAGCCGGCCCGGUUAGAGUGGAAGACUACAAGAUAAACCCGCCCCCCCGUGCAGCUAUGAAAGAGAACAUGGAGGCUUUAAUUCAUCACUUCUUACUUUUUACCAAGGGUUACACUGUUCCACCUGGAGAGACAUAUUCCGCAAUCGAAGCUCCAAAGGGAGAGAUGGGUGUGUAUCUUGUCAGCGAUGGCAGCGAAAGGCCAUACAGAUGCAAGAUUCGCGCUCCAGGGUUCGCUCAUCUUGGUUGUUUUGACCAAAUUUCUCGAGGACACCUUCUUGCCGACGCCGUCGCGAUCAUCGGUACCAUGGAUCUUGUGUUCGGAGAGGUUGACAGAUAG